UUUCGCAAACUACAAAAAGGAGUCGAGAAAAAGAAGGCGAGCAUAAUGCUACCAAGUAUCUUCGCGUCAUGAGCAUACCUGGGACCCAUAUGUUCAAAACAGUAGUAGAAGAUAAUUCAAUACAGGAGUAUUGGAAUGUUUGGAAGCCUCCUCCAAAUGUUCCCCAUAGUACCUCCAACUUCCAAGCAUUCCGAAAUAUGCCCAACAGAUUUUUCUGUGACAAAACAAAUUACAUUAGAUUACUUGAGGCUCAACCAGAUUACAAAAUUCUGUUUCUUCGUCCACGACAAUUCGGGAAAUCAACUUUGAUCAGCACGCUUGCUGCUUACUAUGACGUUCACACUAAGAACAGUUUCCAGUCGCUAUUUGGGGACCUUGACAUUGGGAAAAAUCCUACAAGCUGGGCUAAUAAACAUCUCGUUCUAAUUCUUGACUUAUCAACUGUUGAAAUGGGAAACUUAACUAAGAUGGAGGAUA